AUGGCCGAAAAACUUCACAAUUCCUGGGCAACAAUCGCGUCCCGUGGUAAUUCCAAGAAAGUUGUUCGUCCCUUAUCUGUCCCUAACAAUGUGGACUCUCAAUUAAAGUUACAAACAUAUAAGCUUAUUGAAACGCAAUGUGGUCCUUUCCAUGGUUUCCGCCCGAUCAGUAACUAUGGUUCGAGUUUAGAUGGUGAUCAUUUGAUUGAAGCCAAAUUUGUUGAUGACUCAAGUUUUGACAAGGCAAUUUUUACUUGUGUUACAAUUAAGAGCACCGUUAUCAAAGGAACUCAUUCAAAUGAUAGCGAACUGAGCAAGCUUGCCCAUGUGAAGAUAUCACUUUUAUACAUUCUUGAUAGGAAGGAUUUUCUUGAAAAGUUAACGAGGUCUCUUCUUGUUUACGGAGAAGUCUUGCAAGUCAAGGAGUACACUUGUGGUGGAUAUUUCGAAGGCGAAUUAUCAGUGAUACUCGAUACGACUACCGGUGCCCCUAUCGUUUGUCAUUGGUGUCACCACGCCGGUCAAGUACGCUCCAAAUGUCCCGAAUUGGCCAAAACCAAGUGCUUCGCUUGUCAAGGUUAUGGUCAUACCGCGAAGUUUUAUAAAAAGAAAACGUUUAAGCCAGUGCAAGUCAAUACUCCUAAGGAGGAAUCUAAUAUCGAGCUGCCUACGUUUGUUGAACAGUCUAUGUCCGAUUCUGAUACAGACCUGUCAGAUGCGUACCAGCCUUCGAAGAUUGCUGAAAGUGGUUCUUCAACGUCUAAGUACGCCACAACUCUAGAAACGGUGUGCAUGGAAAUUGAAGAAGACGAGGGUACAUUACCGGUGACAGUUCAGAGAUCCCAUUUGGCUGGUAACCUGGUUGAUGGUGGAAGAAAAAUGCUAGGACAAAAGCGUUCCAUUUUGGGUAAACAGAAGGCUAUCAAGCAAACCUUCAAAGGUCCUGCUCCUAAGUUAGUUGUCCAGACGCAACAUGCUCUUAAAAGUCACAAAAUGUUUACGAAGACAAAGGUUGCUAAACCAAAAUAG